AUGCGGGCGCCGGCGCGGAGUGGGUGCAGCGCGGGGUCGCCAUGGCGGAGAUGCAGCAGCUGCGGGUACAGGAGGCGGUGGACUCCAUGGUGAAGAGUCUGGAGAGAGAGAACAUCAGGAAGAUGCAGGGCCUCAUGUUCAGGUGCAGUGCCAGCUGCUGUGAGGACAGCCAGGCCUCCAUGCAGCAGGUUCAUCAGUGCAUUGAACGCUGCCAUGCGCCUCUGGCUCAAGCCCAGGCCUUGGUGACCAGUGAGUUGGAGAAGUUCCAGGACCGCCUGGCCCGAUGCACCAUGCAUUGCAAUGACAAAGCCAAAGAUUCAAUAGAUGCGGGAAGUAAAGAGCUUCAGGUGAAACGGCAGCUGGAGAGUUGUGUGACCAAGUGUGUGGAUGACCACAUGCACCUCAUCCCGACCAUGACCAAGAAGAUGAAGGAGUCUCUCUUGUCCAUUGGGAAAUAGAAGUCUUCGCAAUUGGCCAUCAGGGCUGACAGCAGGAAUCUACUUAAAAAGAAAUGGGAGUUUUGGUCUUUUAAGUGAAGUUUAUGAAGAAAUUAAGGAUGGCAGCAAGUGUGAGGCAUGUGUCACUUGCCUCUGGAUACUGGUUCCUUUAUGUUUCAACCCUAGAAAGUGAAAUGGAAAAAACUGGUGCUAAAAUUUGGGUUAGAGACGGUCACAGGAAAGUUUUUGAUAGCCUAAAUUUCACGUGCUUGUCCUGGCUCUAGGGAUUCCUUUGUACCAAGCCAGAGCCCUCCAAGAUACCAGAUUCUUCUCCGUACACAGCUACCAGCAGGCUGGCAGUUUCCUCUAACCUCCCUAUGAUCUGGUGGUGUAAGCAGAGGUGUUUCUGUUUGUUGCCAACCUCCUGUUUACCAGAAGGAUCAUCAAAUCGUUUCCUAUAAGCUGUAAAACAAAAUCCACGAGGUUACUAAUUUAAAAGGGAAGAGAGGUUUCUGGGUCUUUGUUUUGCUUGGUUUUGUUUUAUAUACAAGGGCAUGAAGUUGAUUUAAGAUGUGGAGUUGGGAGAGGUAGUCGGAUAAGAACUUUGAACAGUUCUUGUGGAUAUCUGUUCCUGGCCAUCAAGAUGUGGAUAUACAUUUCUUGAGAUAUAUAUUACAUCUUUCAGCUAGGAGACCGUGUAAAAAUAUGACAAGCGAUGUUACACUGGGUAUGGGAAGCAGACUUUCCCUCUCACUGGCUGCCAUGAUGGGCCCUGAGGCUAUCUGCAGAAGAGCAACAGGACAAUCUCGGAAGUGACACUCUCCCUUGAAGGGAAAGGGGGUUUUUAUUGCACUAUAUACCAGUAUCCAGGAAUGAACAUUGAAGGAGGAACUGUUGUCUUCUUAAUUACGAGAAUUAUUAAAUACUGGAUGUGGAAAAACCUGGUUUUUAUAGAACAGAAUGGAA